AUCGUAUUCGGCGCAUGCGCAGUAAUACUUAAUGACACAAUUUCAGUUUACAAGACAGUUGUGUAGUAGCUUGAAGAUUAGGUCACAUCGAGUAGGGUUGAAUAAAAUUGAAUUGGGUGGGUCAAACGUAACAGAACAGUGCAGUAUAAUAUUGUGACACAUUGUGUGAUACACAAACAUCACAUACAUAGCUGUUGGGUGUGGCACGGUACUUUGAAAUUUCCUGGGGUGCGGUUAAUACCGUGGGACAACGUUUGAUAAUAAAUAGUAGACUCUUACUUUCAGAGUAUCGUUGUCAUACAUUGUUAAGUGAGUAAAAAAGAAAAGUAUAAUUAAGGGAAAGCGUCAGUUGGUUUAAAAUUCAUCAUGAAGAAAAGAAGUUUAUCGGGAAAUAUAGGAAUAGGUGUGUUUUUAUUGGCAUUUCUAUGUGUAUGCAUAGCAUUUGGUACACCCGCGUGGUUAGUGAGCGAUUAUCGAAUCACUAGUGCACAACUUGACAAGUUGGGCCUUUGGAGUCAUUGCUUUAGAUCUUUACCAAAUCCUCGUGAAGCAGAUGCACCAACUCGCUUUUUUGUUGGCUGCAGAUGGGUAUACGAUCCUUUUACCAAAGGUUAUUCUGAAAUUCGUGGUUUUCUAUUACCCCCAUUUAUGAUAGCCACACAAUUCUUUUUCACAGUUUGCUUUCUGCUUAGUAUGAUAUCAUUUGUUGGUAUUUUAUUAUAUGCUUUGUGUUGUGGUCAAGAGCAGAAGCAAUAUGUACAGCUUAUCAAGCUCAUCGCAUAUGUGGUCUUAGUUGGUGGCAUUAGCGGUUGCAUCGCUGUUAUCAUAUUUGCCUGUCUUGGAAAUGCGGAUGAAUGGAUGCCUGGUCAUACAAAUAAUUACUUAGGAUGGUCUUUCGCGUUAGCUGUAAUUGGGAGCGUACUGAUGCUUGUAGCAAGUGCUCUGCUUCACAUUGAAGCAAAUAUUCAAUAUAAAAAACGUAAAUAUGUUACAGAAUCUCAAACUAAAUUUCAACUUGAAUCUCGUGCAUAAGUGAAACACCAUAUUAUGCAUUUUAUUUUUAAUAACAUACAGAUAUUUUUAUCUGCUAACUCUCUGAUAAAAUUUCGUCCAUAAUGAAAACUUAGAAAGAAGAAUAAGAUUAGGUUUAUAUACACAUUUAUAUAUAUAUAUAUAUAUAUUUUGCACAUUA